AUGUCUGAGGUUGAGUCGCUCACCAAGCUCUUCAGCGAAGUUGGUUUUGAAGAAGCGAAGAUCAAGGAAAUUGUGAAAAAUAAGAAAGUUGCCGACACUUUAUCAGCGUUGGUGCAAGAGGCUCCCGCUGAUUACAAUUGGGACAAAUCAAGCAGAGCACUAGUUCAUAAUUUGGCAUCGCUUAUCAAAGGUAGUCAAUUUGCUAAUUCAGCGCUUAUUGUUAACGGAAUUGUUAAGGGCAACUUGAAGACCAAUUUACAGGUCGAAGCUGCUUAUAAAUAUGUCAAGGAGCAUGGAAACGAGGUCGAUGAGGAAGAAAUGAACAAGAACUCUGGAGUCGGGGUUGAGAUUACCGAGGAUCAAGUUAGAAAGAGCGUGAUCCAGUAUAUUGAGAACAAUAAAGAGACUAUUUUGGCUGAACGAUACAAGCUUGUUCCAGGAAUUUUUGCCAAUAUCAAGAACUUGCCCGAAUUAAGAUGGGCAGAUCCUCGUAGCUUCAAACCGAUCAUUGAUCAGGAGAUUUUGAAGGUUUUAGGCCCUAAAGAUGAGAGAGAUCUCGUCAAGAAGAAGAAGAAAGGUGGUGACUCGGCCAAAGCUGGUGCUGAUUCGAAGCAAAAAAACGAUAAGGCAUCUCCCUUGGGCACUACCCAAAGGAAUAUGUUUACGGAAGGUUUCCUUGGGGAUCUUCACAAGGUCGAAGAUAAUCCUCAGGCAACGCCGGAACUAUUGGAAGAACAUUUGAAGGCUGUCAAUGGAAAAGUUCGUACGAGAUUCCCCCCAGAACCUAAUGGAUAUUUACACAUUGGUCAUUCCAAAGCCAUCAUGGUGAAUUUUGGCUAUGCCAAGUAUCAUGGGGGUGAAUGUAAUUUGAGAUUUGACGAUACUAACCCUGAAGCCGAAGCUCCUGAAUACUUCGAAUCAAUCAAAAGAAUGGUUUCGUGGCUUGGUUUCAAGCCCACAAGAGUCACAUACUCCAGUGACCACUUUGAUACACUAUACAAUUUGGCUGAAGUUUUGAUCAAAAAUGGCAAGGCGUAUGUAUGUCACUGUACGCCCGAGCAGGUAAAAGCCGGGCGUGGUAUCAAGGAAGAUGGAACGCCAGGUGGAGAAAGAUUUGCAUGCAAAGAUCGUGAAAGAUCAGUUGAAGAGACCCUUGAUGAAUUCAGAAAAAUGAGAGAUGGUUUCUACAAACCUGGUGAGGCAACUCUAAGAAUGAAGCAGGAUCUGACUUCGCCAAGUCCUCAAAUGUGGGAUCUUGUCGCAUACAGAGUUUUGAAUGCUGAACAUCCAAGAACUGGAAAUAAGUGGAAAAUAUACCCUACCUACGACUUCACCCACUGUUUGGUCGAUUCUUUCGAGAACAUCACCCAUUCCUUGUGUACCACUGAAUUUUACCUAUCUAGAGAAAGCUACGAGUGGCUUUGCGAUCAAGUUCAUGUCUUUAGACCCACACAGAGAGAAUAUGGACGUUUGAACAUCACAGGGACUCUCCUUUCAAAGAGAAAAAUCGCUAAACUGGUGGAUGGAAAAUUCGUUCGGGGCUGGGAUGAUCCUAGACUGUUCACAUUAGAGGCUAUUCGUAGGCGUGGUGUACCCCCUGGAGCCAUCUUGUCAUUCAUAAACACUCUGGGCGUCACUACCAGCACGACCAAUAUUCAAGUUAUCAGGUUCGAGAGCGCAGUAAGAAAAUAUUUGGAGGAUUCCACACCAAGAUUAAUGUUUGUGCUUGACCCAAUCGAGGUUGUGUUGGAUAACUUACCGGACGACUAUGAAGAAUUAGUCACCAUUCCAUUUAGACCUGGUUCUCCUGAAUUUGGCGAAAGAACUGUGCCUUUCACUAAGAGACUUUUUAUUGAAAGAUCGGAUUUUUCAGACAAGACCGACGACAAAGAGUUUUUCCGUUUGACACCAAAUCAGCCAGUUGGCCUUAUCAAAGUGCCAUAUACCAUCUCCUUCAAGAGUGCAGAAUCAGACGAAGCCGGUAAUAUAGUCAAAAUACAUGCCCACUAUGACAGCUCACCAGCAGAUGGAAAACCUAGCAAACCAAAGACAUACAUUCAAUGGGUUCCCGUUUCUGCGAAAUACAGCUCACCUGUUAAGGUAGCCGAAACAAGAGUAUACAACCAACUGUUCUCCUCCGAGAAUCCUUCAGCACAUCCAGAGGGCUACUUGAAGGAUAUCAACCCUGAAAGCGAGCUUGUCUACACCAAUUCUGUCAUUGAACCCAACUUCAACAAGGUCAUCGAAAACUCUCCAUGGGUAGUCGAAUCAGUGAAGAAGUCCGAAUUUUACGUUCCUGAAGAGGAAGGCAGAAAGGAAGUCUGUAGAUUCCAAGCAAUGAGAGUUGGCUAUUUCACUUUGGACAAAGAGAGCAAAGAGGAUAGAAUCAUAUUGAACAGAAUCGUCAGUUUAAAGGAAAGUACCAAAUAA